UCAUCCUCAUCAUCUCUAUCCCCAUCAUAUCCGUCAUCCCCACCAUCUUCAUCAUCCCCAUCAUCUCCACCUCCACCAUCUCCAUUGUCCCCACCAGCUCCAUCAUCUUCACCAUCCGCAUCAUCUCCAUCAUCCCCACCAUCUCUAUCAUCCCCAUCAUUUCUCAUCUCCAUCACUUCGAUCUCCAUCAUAUCCACCAUCCCCACUAUCUCCAUCACCUCCACCAUCUCCAUCAUCGCCACCAUCCCCAUCAUCUCCACCAUCCCCACCAUCUCCACCACC